GCAGCGCUGCUUCCGCGUCUAUCACAUGGUCAGUCCGUGCGGAAGAAACAGAGCUGCUGAACAGAAACAACCACACCAUGGAAGAGCAUUUUAAGUGUCUGACAGAUGCGUACAGAUGUUUUCUUAGCGGAUCACGUCCCGACCGAAGCGCUGCGGAUGUGGCAGCGGUGAUGUUCGGCGGGCUGUGUGGUCUGGUGCCCGUUCAGCUCAGAGAGGAGCGCUGCACUGAAGCAGAGAUGAUCUGCAUCAGUGUGACUCUGCUGGAGAAGAUCACCUCCAGUCUGACGGCUCAGAGCCUCCCUGUCCAGCUCACAUUAUACUCUGAGGAGGUCCUGAGGGUGUUGUUUGGAGACAUGAACCUCAUGGAACAACUGGUCCAUCACUUCCAAGCGGAGGACCAGAUCAUCUCACAUUUGGCUGCAAAGUGUGCAUCAGCGUGUGUUUUCUUCCAUCUCCAAAAAUGUGGAAUGGUCUGUCCUUUCUGGCAGAAGAAAUGUACAGAGGCUUUUCACAUCACCCCUGGGACUGAAUUAGAUGCCUGUCUGUGGUCAGUGACAGACGUUUUAAGAAAAACUCUUAAAGAAUCUCAGCAAGUGGCCAACGCCCCUUGA